AUGGUUCCUCUAGCAUCUAUCCCUGAGGCAAACAAUUCAUUACAAAGUACAUUUGAUACUCACCGUCCCCGCUCUCGUGUUGUAUUCCUCUCUAGACGCCCUGGCCGGCCUCGCUGCUCUGUUCGCAAAUCACCAUUUGCAAAGCUCUUCAACCUCGGGCCACCAAAGCAUGUCGGGAAGCAAGAUUAUCUCCGAGACAAGGAUCGACAAGGGCACAAAGACGCAUCUCCUAGCUCGUUGGGCAAAAAAGGAGCAUCACCCACAUGGAUAAAGACGUCAUACGACAUAAGCCCAGACAUUCGACAACAGCUACACAAAUCCGAAUCUCCAUUCGACCUGAAUUCUUUUCCUGAGCCACCCUCUACCAGCAAAGUUGUGGGACCUGACAAACCUAAUCCUCAUCCUUCCACGCAUCCUGUAAUUCAACAUGCAGCGCCAAAGCCUCCAUUGGAGUUGUCACAGCGCAAACUUCUGGUUCCAGGCCAGCGAGGACCGGCCAACAUUCGCCACAGUCUGAUGGAUGCUGCCUCGGAUUUUGCCAACCCUUCAAGGCGCCAGUCUGUUGAUUCCGCACUUGUAGCGGCAGUAUCUCGAAGCAUUGCUCAGCAGCUUCAGCUGAUCUCAAAAUAUUCAGGCAGAAACUCACCCCACAACGACAACACAUCACGCACAUCCAGCCAACGCUAUGCCUUGAAUGGUUUCACUAGAGAUCUCGAGGCUUACGCAAAUCAGACAGGUGCAAAGGGAAAGACUGUGAUAAAUACUACAAUCACCCCGCCGAUAGACGCCGCAACGCUUCAUACAGUCUCAGAACUCCUCCCGUUUCGUCCCCAGCUUCGGGCGGCAGGGCUCGCUGUGACGUCAAAAGAGCAAGCCCGAGGCGUGCCUCAUUAUUUGCAGCAGCUGCAGCCAGGUCUACCGCCACCUCCGUUACGUCGACAGCGUGGCCAUGGUCGUCCACCUGCACAAUUGGACGGAUAUAAUGGUUCUGGUCCAUCCCAAAGCCCUGGUACGGAAAUAUCUUUUGCACAGUCACAGGAUAUAGAUGAGUUCAGAUACGCACUUAUUGACGAAGUCCCACCUCGGAAGAAGAAACAUCGACUGCGGAAGAAGCGGCCAACUCGGCGCUGUCUUCCUUGCUUCCCGGUUGAAGACGACCUGACAACGGAUCCUGAUUGGACUCACUUUAGGGUUCCUUCAGCGAAACCCAGGGUACUCGAAAAGAAACCAGUCAAAGAAUUGAGACAAAAUCGACCUGCCAAGGUGCACCCGCCUGGAUACUUGGCCCAGGAGCACGUUGGCUCCGAUUCUCACAGCCCUUAUCAAAAACCAACUGCACAAGAGGCAGGAAGCACGGCUGUGGACGAGACGACAUACCAAUGGGACAGGCCAAAUUUCAUCACCACAGGGCGGAGACAUUCCAUGACUAUGCCAAAACCCAAAGUCCGUAACGAGGAAUGUUGUGUUGGGCAUCGGCAUAUGCAUGGAAGAGACUCGCAACAUCGAGUUGGAAAGGAUUCUACGGCGGUUCUGAACAAUAAUAACAGGCUAUAUACAGGAAAUAGUAUCAGAAAUUCACGUCAGGUUGGUCGCGUUCCAAAGAUUGAGCCACAGCCAACCUUGUCGGCAAAGCCCUCUCAACCCCAACACAAUCAGCAAGUCGAAACACAGAUUGACGGGCAGCAAAGGAGAGGCACGGAUGUAGAUCCACGCCCGCCUCGCCAAAGACCGCCCCAGACCAGGCGCAGUAAAAAAAAGCAGCCCGUUUCUCAAUAUGAUCCUCGUCAUAUUGGCAUAUGCUGCCCUUCAAGCCGGGGUGUCCCAGCCAAGCUAACCGCUCGGCCCAACAUUCCCAGAAGGUCUUCAUCGAUUCAAGUCAGCGCAGACUCUAUCGAAGUUGACUACGACGACCGAGAGAUAUCAGACCGCGACGUUCUUCGGGGUCUGCAUGUUGCGGCUUCUGCUGCGUGUAAUGAAGAGAUUGAUGCCUUUGUACGGAACAAAACUGGUCUUCGGAUUCGUCGUUUUCUCGCUGACCUGAUGGUACUGGAAACUCUUACUGCUUCCCGACCUGGGGAAGAUAAUGAACAACACGCCAGACGAAGGCGAAUGGAGAUGAGAAAGCUCAAGCAACAAGUUCGACGAUCCCGAGAGAUAGUCAUGGCUGGUGGGCUUAUUUGA